UUGUUGCGCCUUGUUGCAUUUUAAUUCCUCUCGGCUCACAACUCACUUUUGUUUUAGCACUCAAAAAAAUUAGUAUAAACUAAAGUGAUAAGCCAAACAAAAUGUUUGGAGUAGAAGAGCAAAUUCAUAGUGGUCAUUUUGCACGUUUAAAAUUCCAUUGACUGAUAGAUAAAGUUUGGCUAUUGGACGGCAUUUUGGCGAUGCCUUGGAUAUUCGAGAAAAUGAUAAGGGGCACCGCUAAAAAGUUCCAAGUGAAAAUUCCGGAAAAGCCAACUGCAUUGUAUACUUACAUAUAUAUGUACAUAUAUAUAUAUUUUUACUGUGAGUGUUUUAGCCACAGCCGAAGAGAAGAGGUGCAAGUUCCGUUUAUUACUCAUUAUUUAGCUUUCCCACUCCAACAAAUAAUAUAACCAGUGUUUUUGUGAUUCACAUCCGAUCUUCUGUUACCCCGAUUUGAAAAAUAAAUAGAUAAAGAGUGUAUUUCGCGGUGUAGUGUCCAGUUCAAGCAGCAGAAAUCAUGUCCAGAAACAAGGCCGCCAUGGUUAGCGCCUUCCGGCUGCUCCUCCGCCCGUCGCCCGCCCAUAGGAAUAUUGCUCUGCGCCUGGCCCCCGUCACGACCUUCGCCCUGCACCUACGACCAGGUCAUGAGCUCCAGCAGCACAGAAGCUUCGCUUCCACGGCGGACGACGAAGAUGGCAAAAAGUCGGACAAGCAUAAAAACCAACUGAAUUCUGGAGAUCACAGUUCAAGUCAGAAGAAGGCCAAUCAAUAUCGGGUUAAGUGCCAGAAAGAUGGGAAUUCUCAAGAUUUCAAUCAGUUUUUUUCAUUAAUGCAAAGGCUUAAAGAGUUGGCUGAAAAGGCACUAAAAACUUUAACCAAAGCGGAGCCAGGAAAACAACAAUUUUUAGUGUCGAAAAAAGCUGAACAUUGGAUAGGAAUAUAUAAGGAAAUGAUGGAGAAUUUGGCAAGAAUAUUAAAAAUGAAAUUUUAUCAUCGUCGAAGGUACAGAAGGAGGCGCCUUGAAAAAUCUAGGGAAAGAAAACUGCAGCCAUUCAAGAAAGGCUUAGUUAAUAGAAGAAGGAAAAAGAAAAGGUUGCGAUGUCAUAGGAAGAAAACUAAAAUGAAAAAUUCGCAAGACAUCUAUGUGGAGUAUGUAAAUGGUAUGCCGCACAUGACUGUUCGCCUGCCCAGUCGCAAUGAACUCUGCCAGUUUGCCCUGAAACCCAUUACGCACAACGUGGGCGAUCUGUUAACCAUGCUCAAGGCUGAGGAUCGCGGCAUCGAUCGAGCUGCGAUCAUCAACAAGCAUGGAGUGCGUAUCGCCUCUUCCUGUACUAUCGACAGCCUGCUAGAUGACUCCUUUUGCAUACAAAUCAACAAUCGCACACUGGAAGUGAAUCCUCCGAAACGGGACAAGAUCACUGGGGAAUCCAUGGACAAAGUCGGUGAUGUGCGGAAAGUUAUAGCUCAGCUAUAUGAGGCAUUCAAUGUGGGUGAAUAUCAGCUGGAAAAGAGCAAUCAACUGGCCAAGGAACUAGAAAGUUUACGCUAUGAACUAGAGCCCUUGGAGGAGCAAAAACUAGAACUGAGCAAAAAGGCAGCUCGUCGUACCAAUUUUAUGACCUGGAUGGGCUUGGGCCUGAUGUCUGUGCAAUUUGGCAUCUUGGCGCGCCUCACCUGGUGGGAAUACUCUUGGGAUAUCAUGGAGCCGGUCACCUAUUUUGUUACCUAUGGAACGACAAUGGCAAUGUAUGCCUACUAUUGCGUAACCAAGAAGGAGUACAUUAUGGAGCACGUUAAGAACCGGGAGUACUCCCUCACCCUCUACAGGAACGCCAAGAAGUUGCAGUUCGAUGUGGAUCACUACAACGAGCUGAAGCGAAAAUCAGCCGAGUUGGAGUACAAUCUGAGGAGGAUCCAUGAUCCUCUGAACAUGCAACUGCCAUCGCAUCUGGUGCGCACCCAGGAGAACACGCCACCCACCCAAAUUGAGGAGAACAGGGAUCAGCGGAAAUCGACUUAAGGACUUUUAGAGGAAACCGUGUGUGUGGGAAAUCGAUAUGAAACUCAAGAAACACUAUUUUUAACUCCCCCUCUCAAGCGUUAGAUAACAACAAAUAAAAGUCCCCUUUUAGAUAAAGAAGUUCAGGUGAUCCAAGGGAUCGAGACGGAAUCGUAAUAUUUGAAAUGAUUUUUUGUGUACGCAUCACAUGUUGUGUAAACUCAUCCCGAGUUCUACUCUCUUUAUGUUUACUAAAAUGUUUUAGUUGUUUAUGUUUACAAUUAAUUAGUCUAAGCCAAAGUUUGACACAAGAAAGGAAAACUGAAACGCACAAAGGUUCGUCUGACGCCUGCAGUUUGUGAAAGCUGAUCUAACAAUAUAUAUAUUUUAUGUUUAAUUUUUAGUUAUUUAUUGCAAGUGAGAGAUUUGUUUAAGGCCCAAGGCUAAAUAUUAUUGUGUGUGCAAAGUCUUUAGCAAAAUAUAUAUGAUUUAUUUAUUGACUAUUA